AUGUUCGUGCUUUACUAUCGCGGCGACGACGGUUUCACAAUCCCACUCGGACCAACGGAAUUGCCAAUUGCGAGAGGACACACGUCCGGCCGUCGAGCGAACCAAAAUAUGGCAGACUACUUCGACGAGCUGGGCUGUGAGCCCAUCACACCGGAACAAACGCAAAACCAUCAGCUGAUGCUGAUGGUUCGUUUCCUGCAGCAAAAUGGAUUCUUCGCCGAUGAGCUGAGUACGGAAUCGUUACCACCGCCAGCCAGCAAGGAGCUGGUGAAAAGUCUACCGGAAAAGCAGGUCACCCGAGAGGACGAACGCUGCGCCAUCUGUCUCAAACCGAACGAAGACGUGAACGAGCCCUUUCUGGUGUUGCCCUGCAAGCACGCUUUUCACAAGUCCUGCAUUCUGCCUUGGCUGGAGAAGACCAACAGUUGCCCCUUGUGCCGGUAUGAGAUGAAAACUGAUGACGAGAACUAUGAAGAGCAGAAAAAGUUCCGCCAGCGGGCAGUCCAGCGGGAGCAGGAAAUAGAGGAGCUUCACAAUUCUAUGUACGGUUGA